AUGGAAAUAAAUCGAAUUAAUAAUUUAUCUUUGAAAGAAAAUAUACAUAAAUUGUUGAAAAUGUGUGCUCCAGCAACUAAGGAAGAUGUGUCAGAAAUAUUUUGUAAACUUGAAGAUUGUAAUUAUUCGAAAUUGACAAUUGGAAUGUUUUUUGAAUUUAUGAAACUUGCGUAUCAAAUUAAUGAUAAUAGCAAAAGUUUAACUACAAUACUAAAUGCAGGAAAUAAACUAGAUUGGAGCAAGUUAGCAAAAAUUAAUUUACAUUGUAAGAUACAAAACUGCAAUAGCACCAUUGAAAAAUAUAUUAAUAGUGAUGUCAUGCAGAAACAUAACAGUAUCAAUACAACAGAAGAAAUUUUAUCUGAAACACAUGAUACCAAUAUUAAAUAUUCCAUACAUUGCAUUGUACCUUCAGAUGUACAACUUAAAAAUAAACAAGUAUAUUCCUAUCAUCAAAAUUUAAUAUCUGAAAUUGAAAAAUGUAAUCAAAUUACUCAAAAUUUGUUACAAGUACAAGAUACAAAGAUUGCAAAAUCUGUAGAUACAACAGAGAACUUUUUAAUUGCAUUAAUGAAAACAAAUUUAAGUGAUAUAUUACAUGAAGGUUUAUUAGAUUCUGUAUUACCAUAUAUGAUUCCAAAACCUACUAUUUCACAACCUAUUAUUAAAAAAUCUAUUGCAAGUACUGAAUUAAAAAAAAGUAAUUCAUUAAAUAAUAAUAUUGAAGCAAGAGCAAUUACAAAUGUUACACAUAAAGAGAAAGAAAAAGAUAAAAAUAAAUCAAAUAAGAGAUCAACUGACAAUGAAGUGGAAAUUCACGUUUGCGAUGAAGAAAAGAACAUUAAAAAAAAUUUCUAUUGUCCUCAGAAACUUCUUAUUCAAAAAAUGCGUUAUUUUGCUGAUGUAACAGCAGGCCAAAAAUUGGAGGAAAUAGAUAUAUCAGUUCACUGUGAUGUUACAAUAUUUGACUGGUUAAUGAGAUGGGUAAAGAAGGAUAUUAUAAAAAAAUCAGAAUGGCCAAUUUUGGAAAUUAAUAAUGUUAUUCCAAUAAUGGUGUCUGCAUCAUUUUUACAAAUGGAACCACUACUAGAAAGUUGUUUACAAUAUUGCCAUAAUAACAUGUCUGAUAUAUUAAAAACAUCAACAGUUUUAACUGGGUUAGAUGAUAAUCUUUUAAUAAGAUUAGUAGAACAAUUUACAAAUGAAGAUGUUGAAGCACUGAAAGAUAAAAAAGACAAAAUUCAAAGUAAAUUAUUUUGUAAAUUAAUUAUGUCUCUUGCUGAAGUAAUGCCAGAUAAUAAAAAAGGACACUACAGUUCUUUAGCUACAUUAUUCAAAUGUAGUAAAUGUGGAAAAAAUAUUAUUCAAUCAGUUUCUAACUAUGUGCCAUGUAUUUCAAGUGCAAUGAAAAUUGAUAACCAUGGAAAUAUUCUUAGUAAACACAUAAGAGAUUUAACAUGGACUUUAAAUGAUUACAUCAUUACACUUCGAACAGAAUUACAUUCUUGGCGUAAAGUUUAUUGGAGACUGUGGGGUGAUUGUCACUUUUUGUUUUGUAUACAAUGUAACAUAUAUUUCCCAAUUCAUCAGUUUGAGUGGUGCUGCUAUCAUGCUGAAUUCCCACAGUUUUUUAUUAAUGAACAACAGCGACCUAUACCAUUUCCUUUGGGCAGAUAUCCAUGUUGUAGUCAACGAGCAUAUAAAUUUGAAGUACUACCAAAUCACGAAGGUUGUAAAUAUAGAGAACACAUUCCAGAUAUUAGGACACAAAGAGAUAUAAGUGUAUUGAAUAUCUUUACAGUACAUAGAGAAGUAAUAGUUAUGGAACCACCGCAAUUAUUUUUCCCAGAAAAAAUUACCAGAUUAGUAGCUCGUGAUCUAUCACAUCAAUCAGGAAAAUUAAUGUGCAAAGAUGUAAUGUGGUGGGUUGGCAUCGAACUUACACCACAACGACCAAAACUUGGACUUUUAGGAAAAAUUUGGAGCGGAUCAGGAUUCCGACGUUUAUAUCAGAUUCAAGAUCUACAAAAAUCACAAAAAAUUCGUCAGCAAGUUUCUAUUACAACUGACACCACAUCAAUUACAUCUUCAAUAACAGAUAGUGAUAUGGAUGAUGGUAUUACAACUUGUGAAAAUAGUAGUAUUGAUGAAGAAUCAAAUCAUAGCGAAGAAUCUCAUGUAUGGUCUUCACUAAAAUCAAAAAAUAAAAAUAAAAAAAAACAAAGGGAUGAAGUUAUAUGGAGAAAUACUGGUCGAUCUUGGAGUGGUAACUUAAAUGUAAGACAUAAUCAAGAUAACCAGAGAGAUUUUGAAGAGACUGCAGCUUCACAAAUGAUAACACUAUUGACAAAAAGAGUAUCUGCAGAUUCUUCUUCAUUAUUAAAAUCAUCUAAUAGACACAAUCGGAUAAAAAAGCAAUUAAAUGCAGGAGGAACUUAUACGAGAUUGGAAGCUGAACUUCGUGAUCAACUAAAUCAAUCUUAUAAAAAUAAAAAUUCAACUGGAAAGUAUUUAUUACGUACGAAAUUAAAUAAAUCAUAA